AUGGCUGUGACCGGCAAGGCGUCGUCGUCGUCGUCGGCGCUCCGCACCACCUCGACCGCGACUGGGACCGAGACCGGAACCGGGACCGGAACCGGGACCAGGACCCGCUCGUCGAGCACUGCGCCGACUUCGCCAUCGUCGGCCUCCCGCCCACUCGUACCCUCGGGAACGGGAUUCACGUCCGGCACGCACUCGCGGACCACGUCUGACGUCCACUCGCGGACUACGUCUAGCCUGCACUCGCGAACCACGUCCGGCGUCCACUCACGAACCACGUCCGGCUUCCAUUCGCGGAAUACCUCGUGGCGGAUGAACAUGCCGGCGGUGAGCGAGGCCAAGCCGCUUGAUAGCGUCGUCUCGCACCCGCGACUGGCCAAGUCAUCGAGCGCCGCUGGUAUGGCUGCGGACGACAUGUCGCGGCCAACCUCGUCGCGCCCUACCACCGGAACGGGCACCUCGUCUCUCUCCCGCGCAAAGUCGGACUCGGACCUGACGGGCGCCACGUCGGCCUCGGUCGGCGAUGAGGCCGAACCGCCGCCAUUGGUCAAGCUUGCGUACGCGCCGUACUCGGCGCCCAUUCCGGUCUCGACCUCUGUCCGGCGCGCUCGCCGCGAACAGGCGCUCCAGAAUCAGGUGCGCUCGUUCCCCGAGUCGCUGCGGCCGCGGCAGGUCGCGUCGUUUGUGACUUCGUUUGAAUCGCCGUCGUCGUCAGACAUGCAGACGUCUGAGGACGUUCCAUCGUCAGGCCUCGGCAUUGUCAACCACCGCCUGCCAACGACCGCCUACCGCGCCGCCGCCCUGUCGUCUGCCAACAUCGCGCGUGGCAUAGGCGACCUUCACUCGGACCUCUCGUCGGCAACUUCGCUCUCGCAUGACGACGCUGCUGGGGUUGCCUACAUCACCUCGCACCCGGGCACCGCCAUCUGCUCGUCAGGCUCAACGUUCUCGCCGUAUCUGCCCGAUGCGCCUGUCGAAGAAUUCUCGCUCGCCCAGGCCCGCAUUCCGCCGCGCCGCGCGCUGCAUGGACCGACCGACGAGCUCUCCCCACUUCCGUCGUCGCGGCUCUCGCUGCCGACCCCGCGGCGUCCACCACCCUCAGCCUCGGCUACCUUUGUCUCGCGGCUCUGCUGUCUUCCUCCUCUCGUUGCCUGGCCGCAGUUUGUUGGCGUCGCCCGCCCGUCUCACAUCGUCAUGGUCGGCCAUUUGCUUCUUGUCAUCGCCAUGCUCGCCAUCCAUGGCGCGCUCACAGACAUGCCGGAGGCCCACUCCAUCCACGUUCUUUCCCACAUCCUUGUCAUCACAGCAGCGUUUGCGGUUGUCGCUGCAGGCGUCGCUAUCCCCUUUCUCCCCGCCAUGUCGGUCCGUAUUCGGCUGGGUAUCAUGGUCGCCAAUGCCCUGCUGUGGAUGCUGGUGCUCUCGAUCUCGGUCGGAAUACUCGUCACUGCCCAUGUUCACCUCUCGUCGGCCAACUCGUCGGUUGUUGGCAUCCUGGUUGUCGCGUGGAUCGCCUUUGUUGUCACCUCGAUCGGGUUUGUCUCUUGGCUCGCCGUAUGGGCCGCCAUGCUCUGGGACACGCCGUCACACCAGGUCUCGCCGCACACGUCGCCGCUGCAGUCAUCGGGCAACGUUACUACGGUUAUCGACCUUGCCGCCGGCGACGUUAGCUGGAUCCCAUCUACGACAUCGUCGCCAGUACUUCCGCACUCGCGGCUCGACCACUCCAAGUCAGGCUACGGCCCGUCGCCGGUCGCGGUCGGCAAGGCCCUGCCGCACGGCGUUCCGCCGUCGGGCGAGGUCUCGCUCCCCACGUUGCUGGAGGAUGACCUUGCCACUGCCACAGCUGGCGACCAGGAGCUCUCGGUCCUCGUCCCGCAAGCCGUCUUCCUCUCUUCCUCGUCAGCCGACGCCCUCUCGGACUCGGGCGACCGCGUCGAGACCUUCCAUCCGCACACAGUCGUCCGCGCUUCGUCCUUGUUCCCGCACUACAGCCCCGACCCCAAUGUGGUCAACUACGGGAGGGCCGUUGCUCGCGACAUGCUGCACAAGCAUAUCACCCGUCCGUUCCGCUCGGACCUCCGCACCAAUGGAGCUCCGCUGAUCGAGUGCUCGAUGUGCUUCCGCUGCUACCAGCAGUCGGACCCUGUUUCCGUCCUCCGCGCCUGUCACCAUCACUUUCAUUUUGCCUGUAUUUGGAGCCACGUUGCCCAUCUUGCCGUUGGCGAGGGCAUCAACUGUCCCAUCUGCGAGGUUCCACUCUAGCCAUUCUGUCCUUUAUCGUCGCGCGAAACUCUCUGCCCCUCUCACAAUGAACAAAGCGCGUUAUGAC